GCUCCGAGGAUGAAGGGAGUGGUUUGAAGUUGGCAGAACCUUACUCAGUAAUAAACGCAGAUCUCCACACCCCCGGCCGAGGAUGCAGAAAAUAUUGUGGACAGAACUGACCGUCUUCUGUAAAGCUUCGGAUUAAGAGACUUGUCCUCGCUCGUCUCUCAGACUGGGGAAAAAGACACGGCGGGGAGAUGGAUGAAUCCUUGAACAACAUUCCUCUUCAGGAGCAUUCCGAUCCAACAAAACGUGGAACCGUCUGUAUAUUUGGCACUGGAGAUUUUGGACGAUCUCUGGGGUACAAGUUACUCCAGUGUGGUUAUGUGGUUGUCUUUGGAAGCAGAACCCCAAAUUUCAAUUCCAACCUCAUUCCAAGAGGAGCCGAGGUUCUCAGCCAUGGCGAGGCCGCGAUGAAGUCCUCCGUCAUUAUCAUAGCCGUUCACAGAGAGCACUAUGACUUUCUGAAGCCAUUUUCUGACAUCUUGAAGGGAAAAAUCUUAGUAGACGUCAGUAACAACUUAAAAAUCAACCAGUACCCAGAAUCCAAUGCUGAGCACCUGGCCAGUCUGUUACCAGGAGCUAAAGUGGUCAAAGCCUUUAAUACGGUGUCUGCCUGGGCUCUGCAAUCAGGAACCUUGGAUGCCAGCAGACAGGUUUUCCUUUGUGGAGAUGAUGCAAAAGCAAAGGAAGUGGUUAUGGAUGUUGUUCGAUCUCUUGGACUGACGCCAUUGGACCAAGGAUCUCUGCUGGCAGCCAAAGAGAUCGAGAAUUACCCACUGCAGUUAUUCCCAAUGUGGAGACUCCCCUUUUAUAUUUGUGCUGGAUUCACCAUACUGGUCUUCCUUUAUUGUCUCAUCUUUGAAGUGUUCCAUCCCCUGGCCACAAAAAAGGAGGACACUUCCUAUCUCAUCAUGAUUUCCAUUGCCAACCGAGUGUUCCCUAUCGUCUCUCUCAUACUGCUGGCCUUAGUCUAUCUCCCAGGAAUCUUUGCAGCCAUCAUCCAGUUAUACCGAGGCACCAAAUACAGCAGGUUUCCAGACUGGUUGGACAAAUGGCUGCUCUGCCGGAAACAGCUUGGGCUGGUAGCAUUGGCCUAUGCCUUUCUACAUGCCAUCUACACACUGGUGAUGCCCAUACGUUACUAUGUAAGGUGGUGGGUGGAAUAUUACUUAAAGGAACAGAUAAAAUCCAAUACUACGUAUCCCUUCCUGAACUACUAUGCCUGGGCCUCUGACUCCUAUGUGGCACUGGGCAUACUGGGAUUCUUCUUCUAUGUGCUACUGGGCAUCACGUCUCUACCAUCAGUCAGCAAUGCCGUUAACUGGCGGGAAUUCCGCUUUGUACAGUCCAAACUGGGUUACCUGACGCUGGUCCUCUGCACAGCACACACCCUGGUCUAUGGUGGAGACAGAUUCAUCUAUGGGGCCUUCUAUCGGUGGUAUCUCCCCCCGGCCUUUGUCAUCUCUUUGAUCAUCCCAUGUGCCGUGCUGGCCAUGAAAUUCAUCCUUGUCAUUCCUUGCAUUGACCAAAGAAUCACCAGAAUCCGGCAGGGCUGGGAAAGCAAAGCCAAGGGUUAAUGGGACCCAGAUCACAAAGACAAUGAUGAAAAUGAUUCAGCCAAUCCGCUGGCCAACUUCCGGGACGAAGGACAAGCUUAUACCUACAAAUAACGCCUUGUCUUUUUUAGGAAGAGAUGACCACAUACCACUCUUUGCUAUUCAGUAAAGCAAUGCAAAAAAAA